AUGAAAUAUCGUCCAUCUGAUGAAGAAAUGGAGGAGAGCAUUCUCCUGUUGACACAGAGAAGCUCACAUCCUAACAGUCCAUGUUUGGAUUUAAACGGUGAAUUAGAGACAAGAAGCAUUCUAAAUAAGAAGUAUUGGCUGUAUUCACCAAUCCUUAAUGGUACACAUCUUCAAAGACUGU